AUGUUUCCCAGUCCCAGCACGUCAACUCCCUUCUCUGUAAAGGACAUAUUAAACCUGGAGCACAGUCAUGACGCCUUGGUGUCUUCUCUGGAUGUCUCCUCUCGCAUGGACUGCUGCACUGUACCAACUCCUUCCUCCUCUUCCUCCUGUAUGCUGGCCCGUCUGAAGCAGGAGCCCCUCCGGGACAUGUCGUCCUCCAACACCUCCGGCUCGCUGUUUGGAGAAGACCUGCAGGAGUCCAGAGCCGGCAGAGGCAAUGCGCUCAACUUUGCGAACACCUUUUAUGGGAAAUCACUCUUUGAGAUGGAUUUAGUGAAGGAGGGAAAAUCGGACUCGUUUGAGGGGAAACGACGAAAAGGUGAGUAGAAUUUUGAUUUUGUAGGCCUUCAUGCGUUAAAAGGCCCACAGGUUCAUAUGCACUUAUGUAAGGAAAAUAUAACCGAUGCGUAAAGCAAGGAAUGCUUCUGCACUGGAUAAAAUAGGUAAAAUGUUUCAGAGCAUUUUAUCAGAUAUUUAAAAUCAAACUAACUUUGAGGUGAGCACUUUAAUAUAGGCCUGCUGGAGGACAACAGAAGCUUGAAUUGUAAAGAGAGGAAGCAAAAGAAGGAAUUUAUCCGUGUUUUAGAUGUUAAAAGUGGGUGUAAAUAAAAAAAAUAUAUAUAUUUUUUGCUAUUUUUCUUUAAAGUAUAGGCAAACAGCUUCGUCAAUUGUGGACAAGAGACUUGAAGCUCCAAGCAAAUUAACUGCAACCUUGGAUAUUAUGAUCCAUCCAGUGUUUAUGUAUCGUGCUUUUUAAUGCUUACAGUGUUGAAAUCAUUUUAGGUAUGACUUGUGCUGAGAUUUUUGUUUUUAAAACCAUUUCAGGCCCUGGAUUGUAUUUAAAAUUCUAUCUAAAAUAUAAAAAGGGAUUUGUGAUGAGUUCAUGUUUACAGAUAACUGUUUUUUUUUCUUUUUGGUAUACAGAGGAGUUCAGUCCUCCCAUAGCCCCUGUAGAGGAUAUAAAACCGGAGGAUCCAGACCGACCGAAGCCCCGCAGACGCAGAAAGCCGCGCGUGCUUUUCUCGCAAGCGCAGGUGUAUGAGCUCGAGCGCCGCUUCAAGCAGCAGAGGUACCUGUCCGCCCCAGAGAGAGACCACUUGGCCGGAGUCCUCAAACUGACCCCUACACAGGUGAAAAUCUGGUUCCAGAACCGGAGGUACAAGUGUAAGCGGCAGCGGCAGGACCAGAGCCUGGAGAUGGUGUCUCUGCCUCCGCCCAGGAGGGUGUCUGUGCCGGUGCUGGUGCGGGACGGUAAGCCGUGCCUGGCGGCGGACACGGCGGCCUACAACCCUUCCUACAGCAUGGGUCACAUCAACCAUUUUACUUACAACAGCUACCCGGCCUUCAGCAACUACACCGGCUCCGGCUGCAACACGAACUAUGCCUGUAACUAUCCCGCAGCCAGCAUGCAAACUGUGCAGGGGUCCAACAACAGCGGGAACUACAUGAACUUUGCAGUAGGAGAGCUGAACAAUGUCCAGAACUCUUUCUCCUCCAGUAACGGCGUCUCCUCUUUACACGGCAUCAGGACGUGGUGA